UUGCUGUGGGGACACAGGGAUCAGCCGACUGACGGCUCACAGAGCCAAUUGUAUUCAUCCACAGACGUGGAGCUGAACGCUCAUUGGCCGGUCUCUCGGCAGCUGAAUGUAUCAUCAUGUGUGUAUAAGUGUGUGUAUUUGUGCGCAUCGGUGUAUGUUAGCCUGUGUGUAACCGAGUGAUGGAUGAGCCCCUCUCCAACAGCAGAGGAGAAGAAGGAUGGAGGAAAGACAAACACAACCUAUCAUUCACUCUGUGUGUCUCCCUCUCUCUCCCAGUGCCCCCCCCAUCUCCCUGUCACUGUGGAGAGGCAGAGAGAAGACGUUUGUUCUCGGAGAUGCUCAAGGAAAACAGGAGAGACGCUGCUCGUGCUGGAUGUUAACGCGCGGCGCUGCAUUCCUUAAAUAAAACGCCCGAGCUGCUGCAACCAUGCGAGGAACGCCUGCACGGGUGUGAUGGAUUCGGCUUCUGCUGAUGGAAACUGACAACACUGACAGCGACGGAGGCUAAUAAUGAUGGAAAGCAGAAUGAUUCGUCCCCAGCCGGAGCCCCGAUACUCCUCCACCGUCCGUCUGCUGCACACCGCUGCACCCUGAAGGAUACAGUGACCUUGACAUAUUUCAGUGUGCUGUCAGCCUGGCACGGACCAAACUGAACGGUUGGCUCUCUUUGCCAAGAGCUGGAAGACGACAGGGCCAUAGCUUCAGGGAGCAGGCGUCAGCAGAAAUCCAUCCUUGUCUUGCUGCAGUAACAAAUGAGCUUUUAUUUGUGAAGUUAACAGCGCUAACAGCUGACUCCACAAGGGCCAUUUACUGGCUGAAGGGAAUACAGGGCCAAGAUGAAGGAGACAGCAGUUAUGGCUUGUUUGCUGGCUGCCAUAGCUCUGGCCUCUGGGGGGGGCGGUCACUGCCCCCCAUUGUGUCGAUGUGAGAUACGUCCCUGGUUCUCACCCAGCUCUGUUUACACCGAGGCUGCCACUGUGGACUGCAAUGACUUGGGCCUCUCAGUGCUCCCGGAGAGACUCCCCUCAGAAACACAAGUGCUGCUGCUCCAGACAAACAACAUCAUUAAUGUGGAGAAAACCUUGGAUUACUUGGCCAACAUCACUGAAAUCGACUUGUCACAAAAUAACAUUUCCUCUGUGAGCGGCGUAAAUCUGGGGCCUCUCCUCCAGCUUCUGUCGCUCCACUUGGAAGAGAACUACAUUCAGGAGCUUCCUGACAGCUGCCUGGCUUUUCUGCCCAACCUCCAGGAGUUCUACAUCAACCACAACCUGAUUUUCUCUAUCAGCCCCAGAGCCUUCUGGGGUCUGACCAGGCUGCUGAGGCUUCACCUCAAUUCCAAUCGACUGACAAGCAUCAACAGCCGUUGGUUCCUGCCACUUCCCAACCUGGAGAUCCUGAUGCUGGGAGAAAACCCCAUCCUCGAACUGUCAGAUAUGAACUUUAAACCUCUGACUAACCUCAGAAGCCUUGUGCUUGCCAGGAUGAAUCUCACUGAAAUCCCUGACAAUAGUCUGGUUGGUCUUGAGAACUUGGAGAGCAUCUCAUUUUUUGACAACCUGCUUAACCGAGUCCCCCGAGCAGCACUGACAAGAGUCCAGAACCUGAAGUUCCUGGAUUUAAAUAAGAACCCCAUUGAGAGGAUCCAGAGAGGGGACUUCAUGGAUAUGAUGCAUCUUAAGGAGCUCGGCAUCAACAGCAUGCCCAAGCUUGUAUCCAUUGACAGUUUUGCCCUGAGCAACCUCCCUGAGCUUACAAAAAUUGAGGCCACCAACAACCCCAGGCUGUCAUACAUUCACCCGAGGGCCUUCCACAAGCUCCCCAGGCUGGAGACUCUGAUGCUGAACAGUAAUGCUCUGAGGGGACUCCACCACAGCACUGUAGAACCCCUGCCCAACCUGAGAGAGGUUAGUCUGCACAGCAACCCCAUCUGCUGUGACUGCAUCAUCCGCUGGGUCAACAUGAACAGGACGGCAGUUCGGUUCAUGGAGCCUGACUUCUUGUUGUGUGUGGAACCCCCAGAGUACCAAGGCCAGCAUGUCCGACAGGUGCACUUCAGGGAGAUGACAGAGAUCUGCCUUCCUCUGAUCCCACCUGGAAGCCUCCCAGAUCGGCUCGAGGUUGGUAAAGGGAGCUCAGUGUCAUUACACUGCCGGGCGUUUGGAGAACCAGAGCCUGAGAUCUACUGGGUGACACCGCUGGGUGAAAGGGUCCUGCCGGGUAGUGUGUCUGAUAAGUACUACAUGUACCCUGAGGGAACCUUUGACAUCUACAAUGCCACAGAGCAGGAAGCUGGCUCAUACAUCUGCAUUGCCCACAAUCUUGUCGGGGCAGAUCUCAAGUCAGUGACAGUUGCGGUGGAUGGAUACUUUGCCCUGCCUUCAAACCAACCUUUACAUGUAUAUAUCACAUCUGUCCAGUCUCACUCUGUGAUGGUUUCCUGGAAAAGCACAGGUGGUUUGGUUUCACAGCUAAACUGGUCCAUCUUAGGCAAGGGCAGCCACCUCUUGAUGCCGCUCACAGUUUGUGUUGAGGUCACUGCAGCACAGCCUGGAUACAGCAGGCACUGUGUUAAUGUGACCACAAGGGAGGUAGAGGUCCCACGGCAAAACACAGAGAACUGGGACAGUCUGGUGGUGGCUGCUUGUGCUGUGUUUUUAAUCGCUGUUGCCGUGGCUUCUGGCGUCAUCUGCACAUCUCUCUACAGCCAGGUGUUUUACAGGAAGCUCAUAGCAGGCCCGGUGCCCAGCACUCAUUCCUCCUCUUCUUCUUUCCUGGGAUUUGGUGGAUCUGGGGUCAAAGUGAGGGCAACUGUAAUAGACCUAUCGGGUGACUCCAUUUAA